AUGUAUUCAAAGUUCGUUGUUAUUUUCGCCCUGGUUGUUGCUUCCAUUCAAGCCGCUCCAGGAUAUCAUGAACCAUCGGUUCACGCCUCAGUAUUUGGCAGUAAAACUUCUCUUCCACAAUCGACAAAAGCAAUAAUUCCUCAGCAUACGGUCCCUAUGGUACAGUCUGCUCCUGUUGUUGCUCAUGCAGUGGCUCCUCAUGAAUACCAUGGACAUCCCAAAUAUGAGUUCGUGUACGGUAUUGAGGACCAUCAUACAGGUGACAUCCAUUCUCAAAAAGAAGUCCGUGAUGGAGACAAAGUCCAAGGUGAAUAUUCUCUCCACGAAGCUGACGGCAGUAUAAGAAUAGUUAAGUACACUGUCGAUAAAUACAAUGGAUUUAACGCUGAAGUUAUGCACCUACAGCCUUCCAAGAGCCCUUUACCAGUUAAAGUUUGA